UGCGAACCAUCAAAAAAAUCCAAAACUACUAAAGGAAUCAUUUAUGAUGAUGUUAAUGACAGAUUUAUAGACAUUAAAUCAAUAGAUGCUUAUGAAGAAAGAAAUACUAUUCUUCAAACUGAAAAUAAAGAUUUAAAAGAGCAAUUAACUAAAGUUCAAAAUGACCUACAAAAUAAAGAAGAAGAAUUUAACGAAUUGAAAAGAGCAAGUCAAAAAUCUUCUGAUGAUCACCUUUUAAGUUUACAAAAUCUGAAAGAAACUUUAGACACUGAAGUUAAUAAAUUAAAUAAUUUUCAAGAAGAUUUAGUUCAAGCUAAAAAACAUAAUCAAUCAUUAAAAGAACAAUUAAUCAAAGUACAAAAGGACAUACAAACUAAAGAAGAGGAAUUAAACGAACUGAAAAAGGCAAAUGAAAAAACUUUAGAAGAUUAUAAUUUAACCUUACAAAAACUUAAUGUUUCUCAGGAUGACUUGGCUCAAAUUAAAAAUAAUAAUGUGUUACUAAAAGAACAAUUAGUCAAAGUUCAAAACGACGUGCAAAGUAAGGAAGAAGAAUUAAAUGAAUUGAAAAUGGCAAAUGAAAAAGCUUUGGAAGUUUAUGAUUUAACUUUACAAAGACUAAAUGAUUCUCAAGAAAAUUUAGCUCAAACUAAAAAUGAUAAUGAGUUGUUAAAAGAACAAUUAGUCAAGUCUCAAAAGUCUAAGAAAAUACCGAAAAAUAUCGCAAAUGAAAAAGCUUUGAAAGCUAGUAUUUGUAAAUUAAACAACUCUCAAAAGGAAUUAUCUCAUGUUAAAAGAAAUACUCAGAAAUUACAAUUAGAAAAAUCUUUAUUGGAAAAAUCAAUAUUUAAUUAUCAACAGGCUUUACAAUCUAUAAAAGUAGAAUUAAAUCGAACAAAGGUUCAACUUAGCAAAAAAGGACUAAAUAAUCAAAUUAAAAAACCAGCUGCAGAAAUAGCUAUUUAUAAAAUAUAUGAUAAACUAAAAGAAGAUGAAUUAAAUAUAAAACUAAUAUAUUAUUAG